AUGUGUGUGGACCCAGAGAAUAAGAGGAAAGAGCGAAAAAUGCCGAUUUUUGAACGUGUGCUGCGCCACACGGAGCCUGAGGCGUCGCAUGAGAGUCUUAGACUUGAGUGGGCUUUUGGCCUGCACAAGGACUUUCGGUCCGUUAUUCACAAUCUCAGUACUUCCCCGUCAGAGCGUGUGGUGUUCUACACGAUUGGGCACAUUGGUGUCAUCUACGAUGCAGUUCAGAAUACCCAACGCCACUUGAUGGGCCACCGCAACAUGAUCAUUGCAUCCGCAUGCAGUCGUAACCGACGGUUUGUUGUGACAGCGGAUAGCGGCUCCGGUCAGGCAAAUUCAUCCUCUUUUAGCAAAGACUCGAUUGUCCAAAGCAGCAUUCAACAACAGGGAUCGACUGGCGUUGAGAGGAUCGAGCAGCAGGAGGAGCGUGACGUUGAGUAUGACAGUUCUCUGAUGAUCAUCUGGGAAACACAAACGGGCACGCCUGUACGUACGAUACCUACCGGUCUAUACGGUGGAGUGGUGGCGUGUGCGAUGAGCCUCGAUGGCAUGUACAUUGCAACACUGAAUCGACGCAUCCCGCAGGAGAUUAUGCUCUGGGGGUGGACGGCAGAAAACGAGGUGGAUGAUGAGCAUAGUGUCACCGAUACCCUUAUAGAAGAUCUUGCGUUAGCUAGCAACAUUAUACCGGAAUACCGUCAAUUGAUUCCUGCACAAGAUGAGCAAACGUCUAUUCGCUUCUCCGAAGAUGAUUCGCACCUUAUUGUGACGAAUGGAUUACGUCGUGUACUUUUCUGGUCCUGGGCAGAACGCGAAUUGAAGUACUACUCUCCACCGAUUCUUGCAAAGAAUCUGAAGGUGGCGGUGGGAAACUUCACACAGACGAUGUUUGUUCCCGGGACAAGUAUGGCAUGCAGCGGGACGGUUGAUGGCGAUGUGAUUCUGUGGGAGGUGCAGCCACGUGAUCGUGUCACCAAGGAGCAGGACAAGACGAUGCUUAAAAUGGUGCGGAUCCACUCAACCGGUGUCUCGUUUCUGACAUGGACAAGUGGUUACAUUGUCACGGGUGGCAUUGACGGGCACGUCAAAUUCCUCGACCCGAAAUUGCGUCUUGUUGCGUGGUUUGAGGACCUCAACGGUGGGGCCGUGACAUCCAUAAGUUUUGACCGGCCUCCAUUUAUUGCCCUGCAAGCGAUGGAUGAACUGCGAAGAGAGUUUAAGGCAACAACGCAGAAAAAGGCAGCACUUGUAGGGACAACUGCCGUGGGGGAAUUUUCGGCUCCCGAUUUUAUGAUCUCUACCGCCCACGCCAUGAUCAUUGACGUGGCGAGUAAAGCCUUUCAUACGGGCAACGCUGAGCUGUUGCGCGGCAAACUCAUUGUACAGGGACAGGAAAAAGGCAUUCACUGCAUUGCCGCCCAUCCGAAGCUUCCACAGCUUGCAAUUGCAGGGCAUAGUGGUGAUGUGCAUAUAUGGGACUAUAACUCGAAACGAGUGUUGCUGCUCAGUAUUUUUCAGGGAUCACACAUCAAUUGCAUGGCGUAUGAUCCACAAGGGGUCUACCUUGCCAUUGGCUGCACAAACGGCCUUGUGAAAUUUCUCGACGCGACCACACUGGAGGAGCGUAAAUCCAUUAAACCCAAACGAACCGACUGUGUCACGCGUAUGGCCUUUUCAGACGCUGGGAAUCGACUGGCCACGGGAGACUCAGCAGGCUGUGUUAGUCUCUAUGAAUUUGAUCACCCGCAAGGCAACACAAAGAAGCCAAUGGAGUGGGAUAUCGUGGGUCGCCACAAGACACAUCGGGCGGCCAUUUCUGGACUCCAGUUUGGUGACGACGGUGGUUUACAACGUCUUCUCUCUGUGGGGGAGGACAAACGGCUGGUAGAAUACGAUCUGAUUGACUCAGAGCCAGAGUCUGGUUUGCUUGUGCAAACGGCGCAUAAAAUUACACAGGGGUCUUCUCCCACAGGGUUCUUGUGGGUGAGAGAAAAUGGGCUUGUUUCAGACAUGAGACGCCGCAUGCAAGCGAAUAAAGACGCGCCAGAUGAUCUUCUUCUUGUGGCAACAAGCGACUACAAAAUGACGGUGUUUUUAAGUGAUUGGAGUCGCCAGUGCAUUAAAUCUGUGCUCUCCCCAACCUUUGGGGGUCCCGUGUCGGAGAUGUUUACAGUUCCCUCGCUGCCAGGGAGUGAAAAACGAUGUUUAUUCUAUGCGACACGGGAGAAGGUAAUUGGACUUGUAAAGCUGCCACUUCUGGGCGACCCAUGUAUGUCAACUGGUGUUGUGGCCCAUCCAGGCAACAUCACCAGUGUUGCAAGAUCUUAUGACGGCGCUUUCGUUUUCACCGCUGGCGGGGAUGACCAGUCGGUGAUGCAAUGGCGUGUGAAUGGUGAAGGAAUUGCUCCCCCCAACGAAAUUGCGCUGGCGGAAAGCGCAUUCAUUGAGGGGGGUGAUGAGGUUCCACUGGAUCACCUUAUAGCCGCCGUCGAAGGCGGACGAGAGGGACAAUUUAUGCGUGAGAUUGUGGACUAUUUUUACUACGCCCAAAUUCGGCUUCAAGGUGAGGAAACAACCGCGAAGCGUGAGUUGUUGGGGGCUGUUCCCUUCUCUCAGCUCCCCAAUCUCUUUCGGGCGCUCGGCUACUACCCAUCCGAGCUAGAAAUUGGUCGCCUGACGUACGAGGUAGCGAACAUUUACGGCCCUUUAGAGGAAUUGGUUGAAGAGUGUGAUGUGGGGAAAAUUCCACUCAAGUUCUCGCAGUUUAUGCGUUUGUAUGUCAACUACCGUCCUAUUUAUGGCAUUACCCGCCAAGAUAUUGAGUCUGCCUUCUGGGCGCUCGGUGCGGACGCGGAAACAGGCCAAAUUGCGCGGGAUGUACUUUUUAAGUUGCUAGCUACGCAUGGCGAACCGUUGCAGCAGGAGGAAAUUUCUGCGGCACUGCGAUCGCUGCUGGGCGAGGGGGUACGGCUUGACAUGCUUGAAGACACCAUCACUGCCCGCGCCUUUGCGGAGAAUCUUCUAGGAUUUGAAGACUACGAGACUGUGGGCGCGGAAGCGAAGGUGCCAGAGGAAUUGCAGGGCAAUAACGAUGAUGAACUGUUCUUGGAUGAGUGA